AUGGCUAUCAUCGGUAUAUUUCCGGCUUCAGGCGCUCUCGGGACCAGCACUUACACUCAUCUUUUGAAGCUCGUCCCGGGUAACGAAGUCAUCCUCAUCAACCGCUAUCCUCAAAAGAUCCCCCAGUCUCACAUUUCUGCUGGCGUCAAGGUCCGCAAGGCAUCUUUUGAGAACAGCCCAUCCGAACUCCAGGCUGCUUUCUCUGGCAUCGACACGCUUUUCCUGAUAUCCUACCCAAGCCAUGUCCAUGACUACCGCACCAAGGUCCACCUCCCGGCCGUGGACGCCGCCAAGGGCGCCGGUGUCAAGCACAUUUUCUACGCAUCUCUCGGAUUCGGCGGCGACUACAAGAAAAGCUCCCGGGCGGAGGUGAUGCAAGCCCAUCUGGACACCGAGCGAUACCUGGCGAAGCUUGCGAGCGAAGAUCCCUCUUUCACGUAUACCGUCAUUCGCGAGGGAUUGUACGCCGAGAGCACACCUAUUUACACGGCGUUCUUCGUGCCCAGCGAGCCGGUCUCGGAGGACAAUGGGGUGAUACAAAUUCCACAUGACGGAUCAGGCCCUGGCGUAGCCUGGGUCAAAAGGGAUGAGCUUGGUGAGGCGUCGGCGCGGUUGAUUGCGGGGUUCCAUAUCGCCGCUGCUGCAGGAGAGAACGACCAGAAGCGCUGGGAGUAUGUCAACAAGACGGUUUUGCUCACGGGGCCGAAGGUUUGGUCUCUGGCGGAGACAGUUGCGGUAUUGAGCCAGAUUGCGGGGAGGGAAGUCAAGAUCAAGCAGGUGUCGGUUGACGAGUAUGUGAAGUUGCCCAAGGUGCUCGACAAGUUUGGGAAGGAGGAGUUGGCUAGGACGUGGGCGACCGCAUGGGACGCAAUCCGCGACGGCGAGACUGCUGUGGUGACGGGGGAGUUGGAAAAGAUUCUGGGUAGGGAGCUGGAGGCAUUUGAUGUUGCCGCUAGGAAGCAUUUCGGCCGGGAAUAG